AUGGCGCUCAUGUACCCCGAGUACCGCGGCAUGGCGCUCGCUAUGGCGCUCCUGCUGGUGGCGUCCGCCGUAUCGCUCUCUGUGCCCUUCACGAUCGGCAAGGUCGUCGACUUCUUCUCGUCGCCGGAUACCUCGCUGCCGUUCGGCCUGAGCAUGUCGACAGUGGCGCUCCUUCUGCUCGCCAUAUUCGCGCUGGGUGCUGUGGCGCGCGCCAGCUCCAAUAUUAUGCUGGAGCUGGCAGGCGUGCGCGUGAUCCAGCGUGUGCGUGAGCGUGCAUUUUCGAGCGCGCUCAGGCAGGAUGUGGCGUUUGCCGAUCGCGGGGCCGGCGACACGGUCAGCCGCAUCAACAUGGACUGCAACAUGGUCGGCGAGGCGAUCACGACGGACCUGGCCGAUGGCCUGCGUUCCGCGCUCACUGUGACGGCCGCAUGCUCGGCCAUGUUCUACAUCUCGACCAAGCUCACACUCGUGAUGAUGGCUGUGAUCCCGCCCGCGGCGCUUGGUGCGUCGAUCUACGGGCGCUACCUGCGCCACCUGACGAACCGCACACAAGAGGCGGUCGGCACGAUGACGCGCACGGCUGAAGAGCGUCUGAGCCCGCCGGCGUUCCGGACGAUCACCGCAUUCAACACACAGGCCCACGAGGCGGCGCGCUUCAACCGCCAGGUGAACGAGAUUGCGGCGCUCCAGACCAAGGAGGCGUACGCCGGCGGCAUCUUCCAUUCGGGCCUAGGGUUCGUGGGCAACUGUGCGAUUGUGACGCUGCUCACGUACGGCGGGCACCUCGUGAGCCUUGGGCAGCUGACCGUCGGUGACUUGACGUCGCUGCUCAUGUACACGGCGUACCUCGGCGGCGGUGUGAUGCUUAUGACGAGCUUUUUUACGUCGCUGAUGAAGGGCAUGGGCGCCGGUGCGCGCGUGUUUGGCCUGCUGGACCGUACGCCCGGCGUGCCCCUCGGCCAGGGCCGCUCGCUCCACGCGGAGCAGGUCGACAAGCGCGGCGCGCACAUCCGCUUUGACGACGUGCACUUCCGGUACCCGACGCGCCCCGACACGCCUAUCCUACGUGGCGUCAACCUGGACAUCCAGCCUGGCACGAGCGUCGCGCUCGUGGGCACCUCCGGCGCGGGCAAGUCGUCCGUGCACGCGCUGAUGAUGCGCUUCUACGAACCUGACGCAGGUGUCAUCUCGGUCGACGGCCGGGACAUUCGCACGUUCACGCCCGAGUCGCUGCGCGCCAUCAUGGCGCUUGUGCCGCAGGAGCCCGUGCUUUUCGAAGGCACGAUAGCGGAGAAUAUCUGCUACGGCACACCGAAUGCUACACGUGCGCAGAUGGAGCGCGCGGCGCGCGCGGCGCACUGCACCGAGUUUAUCGAGGCGCUGCCGCAGGGCUUCGACACGCACAUCGGCCCCCGCGAGCUGAGCGGUGGGCAGCGCCAGCGCAUUGCGAUUGCGCGUGCACUCGUGCGCGAACCGCGCGUGCUGCUGCUGGAUGAAGCGACGUCGGCGCUCGACUCGGCCUCGGAGCUGCUGAUCAACGAGGCGAUCACCUCGAUUAUCGAGCAGGGCCGCACGACGGUGUGGAUCGUUGCGCACCGCCUGAGCACAAUUCGCGCCGCCGAUACCAUCCUCCUUCUGCAGGACGGGCAAGUAGCCGAGGCGGGCUCGUUCGAGCAGCUGGAUCAGCCUGGCACGCGCUUCCGUGCGCUGAUGCAGUCGCAACUGCAGGCGCCGGCGCCCUUGCCGGUGCGUACCGAUGUGGCUGACGUGUAG